AUGGCAUUUGGAGAUUUAUUAAAGACAUUAUGGGCUCCUAGGGCAACAGCUGUACAACAUUCAAGUCCAAGCUUGCUCAUUUUGCUCCUCAAUUUAGUGGCUUCAAUCAGCAGGAUUCUCAAGUUUAUUCUCUUCUCUAGAGUUGACACAAGUGAUUUUCAGGAAGAAAAGGGUGAAACGGUAUGUGAUGUUACAAAGGGGAAAUGGGUUUAUGAUGAGAGUUAUCCUCUGUACUCUACUUUUACUUGCCCUUUUAUAGAUGAAGGUUUCAAUUAUGAGGCCAAUGGAAUAUUGGACAAAGACUAUAUGAAAUGGAGGUGGAAGCCUCACGAUUGCUACAUUCCAAGGUUCAACGCAACAAACAUGCUGGAAUUGAUCCGAGGAAAAAGGCUAGUGUUUGUGGGUGAUUCCAUCAAUAAGAAUCAAUGGGAAUCCAUGCUAUGUUUGUUAAUGAGUGUUGUUAAAGAUCCAAAGAAGGUGUAUGAGACACAUGGCAAGCAUAUCACGAAAGAGAAAGGAAACUAUUGUUUCAGAUUUGUGGAUUACAAGUGCACAAUUGAAUAUUUGUGUUGCUUUUUAUUUUACAUUGUUGUAAUCAGUUGUGCUCAUGUUUGUUAA